AUGAGUUUACUGGUUCCGUCCCUUCGAGCAUUUUCAACGUCAUUAUUGAAGAUCCUAGCACUUAAAGAAAACAAGCUUUCAGGUACUCUACCUUCAGAUUUAGGACGUGGAAUGCCAAGCCUAGAAGAACUAUAUUGUGGAUCCAAUAAUUUGAGUGGUUUCAUAUCUGCUUCCAUCUCAAAUUCCUCAAGAUUCAGAAUACUUGAUCUCCCAAGCAACAGUUUCACAGGUCCAAUUCCUGAAUCACUUGGUAACUUAGAGUACCUUGAGUUUCUAAACUUGGGCGGGAAUCAUUUUUCCAUCGAUUCAGCACUGAGCUUCCUCACAUCUUUGACAAACUGUAGGAAACUAAAAGAAGUUGGUUUUGCAUGGAAUCCAUUGGAUGGUGUUUUUCCGGCAUCUGUUGUGAAUUUCACCGACUCUCUACGAGUUUUGGAAGGACAUGGUUGUAAAUUGAAGGGCGUCAUUCCUGAACAAAUUGGAAAUCUUACAGGACUGAUAAAUCUAAAUUUGUUUGACAAUGAGUUGACUGGACAUAUUCCAAAUACUCUACAAGGCAUGCUGAACCUUCAAGAACUUUUCCUAGGUAGCAACAAGUUUGUAGGUAUCAUACCUGAUACUAUCUACAAUUUAAGGAAUCUUGGAGUAUUACACCUCAGAAAGUCAGUUUUCUGGUUCAGUGCCACCAUGCAUAGGGAACGUUAUCAGUUUGAGUCUAAUUUAUUAAGUGGGGAAAUUCCUCAAGAGAUCGGAAAUUUAGAGACUGCAACAAUCAUUGAUAUGUCAAAACAUGAUUUUUUUGGUAAGAUCCCUAGCACUUUAGGGGAUCUAGUUAAAUUGAUUGAUCUUUCUCUAGCACAUAAUAGAUUGGAUGGACGUAUUCCAGAUUUAUUUGGCAAAAUGUUGUCCUUGGAAUUCUUUGAUUUGAGCCAUAACAAUCUUAGUGGAGUAAUUCCAAAGUCACUAGAAGCUCUUGUGUAUCUCAAACACCUGAACAUCUCAUUUAAUAAACUCAGUGGAGAGAUUCCUUCUGGUGGUCCAUUUUCAAAUUUCACUAGCAAAUCUUUCCUGUCCAAUAACGCACUCUGUGGUGAUUCUAAGUUUAAUGUGUCACCAUGCAUCAUCAAAUCUCCCAAGAGAAAUAAGCCAAUCUUGGUUCUAUAUGUCCUUUCUGGAGUGGGUCAAGCAGAUGUAUCUCUAGUAAAGGGGAAUGAAAGAAUUUCUUACCAUGAACUUGAACAAGCAAUAGAAGGAUUCAGCGAAAGCAACGUGCUUGGUAACGGGAGUUUCAGCAAGGUCUACAAAGGGAUACUUAAGGAUGAUACUCUUUUGGCAGAAAAGGUAUUUAAUGUGAGAUUGGAUGGUGCAUUCAAAAGUUUUGAUACAGAAUGUGAGAUUUUGCGAAACCUCCGCCAUCGAAAUCUUACUAAAGUCAUCACUAGUUGCUCCAACGUUGAUUUCAAAGCAUUAGUAUUAGAAUACAUGCCGAAUGGGACACUUGAAAAAUGGCUACAUAGUCAUAACCUUUUCUUAGACAUGUUCCAAAGAUUAGAUAAAAUGAUAGAUGUUGUAUCUGAGAUGGUCUAUCUCCACAAUGGUUGUUCAAGUCCGGUGGGGAGACUUUUGUCCAAACAAGGACAAUUGCAACCAUUGGAUAUAUUGCUCCAGGUAAUCAAUAGGGAUCAUACUCUAACAAGUGGUAUCAGAGACGGUUGUCUUACUGGUCACAGUGAAGGUCAAUCCACUACUAGAUCCCCACUCUUUCAUGGUACUCAUUUCAUCUGGCGGAAAGCUAGGAUGGAGAUGUUUAUUCAAGGAGAAGACUAUGAAUUAUGGGAUAGGAUUACUGAAGGUCCUACUAUCCCUAUGAAGACAGAAAAUGAUGUGCAAGUCAAGAAAAUAAGGAGUGAGUUUACUGCUGAUGAUAUUUUGGCUUUAAAGAAAAAUACUAAGGCAAAGAAUAUCCUAGUCUGUGGUCUAGGACCUGCUGAAUACAAUAGAAUAUCUACCUGUACCACUGCUAAGCAAAUAUGGGAUGCCUUAGUAAAUGCCCAUGAAGGUACCUCUCAG